AGAGGGUAUACACCUGUCGAAAUACCUUUAUGUAUUCGCGACACUAUCAAAAUUUCUUCGAAGUUUAAAAUCAGUUUGUUAUCGUGAAACAAAAAAAAAAUAGGGUGGAAAUGUGACGCCAUGGGGCAAUAAUGGUGUUUUAAAUAAAAAAAAAACUUGUUCUUUUUUUUUUGGUUGACGUUCAACGCAAAAGUUUAAUUCAUGAGCAGAAAGAUAAGAAUAAGUGAAACUAUUAGUGCCUAUGGCAAUGUCCACAGAACAAAAGUACCAUGAUAACGGUACCGAAACAUCCGAGACAACAAUAUCAACUGAGGUUUCUUCAAAUUCAAGCACCUGUCCGUCUAGUAAUUUUCCUGACAAGUUUCAGGAUUUUUUUGCUGCACUCACUGAAGAUACCGAUGAUCUACCAAGUAUGCUCGAGGAUAAACUUAUUCCCAGAAAAGGAGAUUUCACGAAUGCGGAUGCAAAGAAUAAGCGAAGGAAUAAAAAAACAUUUCAAAGGCGAAGCAGUGAAAUCGAGGUGCGAGUACAUGGGACAUCAUUUUCCGGUGCACAGAUUCAUUCAUCUUCAGAAGGACCAAAAUCACCGACUGUUCCUUCAAGGAGAAGAAGUUCAAGUAUUGCAGUUGCGAGACCAACACCAGAUCUACACAGAUUUCUGCAGGCAGAAGCGGGUCCUUGGGGUCACUUGUCACCAUCGUCGAGAAGUCCAACGAGAACGCCGGCAAUUAGUCCCGGAGCAGCUUCCUGUACAUCGCACCUGAGUCCUGGUGCAAGUCCCGGUGGUCCAAGUCCCACAAGUCCAUCGGGCUCGGCCUCUGGCUCACGUGGACCAAUUCCAAGACAAUAUCGUGGCCGAACGAGCAGUAUGCCAGCAGUUCCUCGGCACAAGCCAAUGCUUGUGGAUAUGAAACGAAAUACUGCUGGUGACGAUGGUGAAGUUGAAGAUGGCGUGGAAUAUUACAGACUUCGCUCGUUUUCCAUAACUGCCAACGGAAUUUACAAUCUCGGUGACUCCCUGAAAAGUCGACGAAGCAGAAGUAUCAAUAGUGUCACGUCUUCUGGUACCAGCUGCAGUAGUACAAGGGAUGCGAGACUUUUAAGUUCAGCGUCUCAACUUUCUGGCAUUGAAGGAGAAGAGGAGCCAAAUAGUAGUCGAGUGCCUACUUACAAGGUGGGCAUGCUCGGAGCUUCUGGGGUUGGAAAAACCGCCCUUACCGCUCAAUUUACAACGAGUGAUUACAUCUGUGCCUAUGACGCAUCUCUCGAUGAUGAAUAUGGUCAAAAAAGUGUUUCUGUGAUGAUCGAUGGUCAAGAGACAGAACUCGAAAUAAUUGAUCAUCCAGCCUCUGAGAUGUCGGUUGAAACAUUCUGUUCCACGUAUAAUCCUGACGUGUACGUAGUCGUCUACUCGGUGGUUGACAGAAGAAGUUUGAAAUUUGCUGAGGAGACUUUACUACAUUUAUGGAAAAGCGAUUACAUGGCUUCGCACGGUGUCAUUCUCGUGGGAAAUAAAGUUGAUCUCGAGAGGAAACGAGAAGUUCCAUCCAUGAUGGGUCGAAGGAUUGCAAACAGCUGCGGCUGCAAAUUCAUCGAAACUUCAUCUGGCUUAGCUCAUCACGUUGACGAGCUUCUAGUGGGAAUAUUGGCUCAAAUUAAAUUGAAUCCACAACGCGAUCGGGACCAAGCAACGAGAAGACGAAGGAGCAAAAAUAGAAAAAAAAUUCUCAAACAUCUUUUAGGUUUUAAGCGAAAAACCAAAAGUUGUGAAAAUCUUUUUAUCUUAUAACAAUUUCAGAAAAUAAUAAUACCCAUAAUAAUCGACUCGAAAUUGCAAAAAAAAAAUAAUUUCAUUUCCUAAA